CCAAUGAGGCGUCACUUUACUGCGGCCUGGUUGUGAAGGAGGGAAACAUCGUGCAGCGGUUCGCGGGUUGACGAGCAUCAGUCACAGUAAAAAUGGACGUGGAGAUGACGGAUGCAGAGCGGAAUCCGGCGGAGAGCCGACACAAGACGGGUCCAGAGGUCCCCGAACCGUCGUCCAGGAGCUCCGCCAGCUCCUACGAGCUGCCCUGGGUGGAGAAGUACCGCCCGCUUCAGCUGAGCGAGAUCGUGGGGAACGAGGAGACGGUGAGCCGCCUGCAGGUGUUCGCCCGGGAGGGAAACGUCCCCAACGUCAUCAUCGCAGGGCCCCCCGGCACCGGGAAGACCACCAGCAUCCUGUGCUUGGCUCGAGCUCUUCUGGGGGCUGCCAUGAAAGACGCUGUCCUGGAGCUGAACGCUUCCAAUGACAGGGGAAUCGAUGUAGUGAGAAACAAAAUCAAGAUGUUUGCUCAGCAGAAAGUCACGUUGCCCAAAGGACGACACAAGAUCAUCAUCUUGGACGAAGCUGACAGUAUGACAGAUGGAGCUCAGCAAGCUCUAAGAAGGAUCAUGGAGAUCUACUCAAAGACGACGCGAUUUGCUCUCGCUUGUAACGCUUCUGAUAAAAUCAUUGAGCCCAUCCAGUCUCGCUGUGCGGUGCUGCGAUACUCUAAACUGACAGAUGGACAGAUUCUUGCUAGACUCCAAGAGGUGGUGGAGAAGGAACGGUUAUCUGUGUCUGACAAUGGGCUGGAGGCCAUCAUCUUCACGGCUCAGGGAGACAUGAGGCAGGCACUGAACAACCUGCAGUCCACCAACUCUGGUUUCGGUUACAUCAACAGUGAGAACGUCUUCAAAGUGUGCGACGAGCCCCAUCCUCUUCUGGUCAAGAGCAUGCUGGGACACUGCGUGGCCGGCAGCAUCGACGAGGCCUACAAGGUGGUGGAGCAGCUGUGGGCCCUGGGAUACUCGCCGGAGGACGUCAUCGGCAACAUCUUCAGGGUUUGCAAGACCUACCCGAUGGCCGAGUACAUGAAACUGGAAUUCAUAAAGGAGAUCGGAUACACACACAUGCGUGUGGCUGAAGGCGUCAACUCCCUGCUUCAGAUGGCUGGUCUGCUGGCUCGCCUGUGCAGUAAGACGACGGCGCCUGCUGCCAGCUGAACCCCUCCGUUGUUGCUUAUGCUUCACCUUGAUUUCAGACCGUACUAAAUCACGUUCAUGAAUUACUUGUCCGUUGUGAAAACUUUACUGCAUCGUCACCUGUGACUCUGACGACGAGGGGUUUUCUUCCAAUAGUCAAUGUUUCAGCCAGAGGAUUUUGAGGAUGAGGAGCUUUAUUUACAAACUUUGUUUACAAUAAAAGUAAUGGAACAACA